AUGAGUUUACAACUCAAUUAUAGUGGCAAUGGCAGUUCGGAGCGGGAGGACGCGGGAGGAACUGAUGAGACAGGUGAACACGACUUUGCGCUUAUAAAAGCUGGGGUUUUGGGAUUGAUUUUUGUCUUAGCCACAUGUGGGAAUUUGUGCCUUCUGCAUGCACUUUGGAGGAAGCGCAAGAUGAAUACAAGGACCCAACUGUUCCUUCUGCACCUGUGUUUUGCGGACCUAGUGGUCGCUUUCUUCCAAGUCCUACCGCAGUUCUGCAUGGAGAUUACGCACCGGUUCCGGGGCUCAGAUUUCGUCUGUAGGUCGGUGAAAUAUCUUCAGGUGGUUGGGAUGUUCGCCUCCACAUACAUGAUAGUGGCCAUGACCAUAGAUCGGUACCAUGCGGUCUGCAAACCCAUGGUGUCGUUCUUGAAGGGUUCUUUUAAGAGGUACGUCGCCAUAGGCGCAGCGUGGCUGGUCUCUCUGGCUUUCAGCACUCCGCAACUCUUCAUCUUCUCUCUCCAAGAACUAGAGGACAACCUGUAUGAUUGUUGGGCGACAUUUAUCGAACCUUGGGGUUCUAAAAUAUACAUCAGCUGGAUUACUUUAUCAGUGUUUGUUCUCCCGGUUAUCAUCUUGCUGUACUGCCAGAUUAAAAUAUGCACGGGGAUAUACUUUAACAUGAAGAGAAAGGCGCUCCAGGCUUCCACGAGCGACAGGCGCACGGGCACCAAAGGGGUCUCGAGCGCGAUGUUGAAGACGGUCAAAAUGACAUUCGUCAUCAUUAUGGUCUACUCGAUAUGCUGGAGCCCCUUCUUUGUGGUCCAGUUGUGGUCUGCAUGGAGUCCCAGUACAGCGCCCACAAAUGGUCCACUGUUUGUCAUCAUCAUGCUGCUUGCCAGUCUAAACAGCUGUACCAACCCCUGGAUCUAUCUUUACUACAGCUAGGAGACACUAUGUUGGACUAGCUCUGGCCCAGGGCGCUGCUUUCAGCUUCACAGAAGGCUCAGCAUCAGCAAGACGACCAUUUUAGCUCUCAGCAGUAAGCAAAUGUAAUGUAUGUUCUGUCAAGAUAAUAUUCUAUAAGAGGUGCAGGAACUGGAGCAGUAGAACAUUUGAGGUGUCUUUACAUAGAUAUCUGUAUGUUCUCUGUUUUGUGUAAUGCAACAAUAAAACACGUCUGUACACGAUUUGAAUAAUUCACUGAACACGUCUGAAUGUAUCUAUCUACUAAUACAAACAUUAUUUUAAAACCCUGGUGCAACACUCUGCUCAGGAGGAGUGUAAAUGUUUCCUGUAGGUGGGGUCAUGUGGUUGUGCUGACUGUGUUUCCUGUAGGUGGGGUCAUGUGGUUGUGCUGACUGUGUUUCCUGUAGGUGGGGCCAUGUGGUUGUGCUGACUGUGUUUCCUGUAGGUGGGGUCAUGUGGUUGUGCUGACUGUGUUUCCUGUAGGUGUGGUCAUGUGGUUGUGCUGACUGUGUUUCCUGUAGGUGGGGUCAUGUGGUUGUGCUGACUGUGUUUCCUGUAGGUGGGGCCAUGUGGUUGUGCUGACUGUGUUUCCUGUAGGUGGGGUCAUGUGGUUGUGCUGACUGUGUUUCCUGUAGGUGGGGUCAUGUGUUUGUGCUGACUGUGUUUCCUGUAGGUGGGGUCAUGUGGUUGUGCUGACUGUGUUUCCUGUAGGUGGGGUCAUGUGGUUGUGCUGACUGUGUUUCAUGUUGAACAUUACUCUGCUCAGGAGGAGUGUAAAUGUUUCCUGUAGGUGGGGUCAUGUGGUUGUGCUGACUGUGUUUCAUGUUGAACAUUACUCUGCUCAGGAGGAGUGUAAAUGUUUCCUGUAGGUGGGGUCAUGUGGUUGUGCUGACUGUGUUUCCUGUAGGUGGGGUCAUGUGGUUGUGCUGACUGUGUUUCAUGUUGAACAUUACUCUGCUCAGGAGGAGUGUAAAUGUU